GGGGGAGUCGCUCUCACGAGCGGAACUGAGUAGUCGCUGAAAAUUACAAGUAAGCAAAACCAAAAAAAUUAAAUGUGCUUUUACAUCAACAAACGCUGGACGCGCAAUAAGUAAGACGUGAAAAUUAUGCGACGCCAGUGACAGCCGAACGACUCAUUUCACGGCUUAAAAAAUGAUGCACUCCGUUAGCACUCGGAUUUAGAAAGAACAAAAGCGGCCAACCUGUACUGUUGAUACAAAAAAUUAUAAUAAAGAAAAGAACCACAAAAAAUCGGAACAGCGAGGAAAAAAAAAGAAAGCGCCGCGAUGUGCGACGGUGAAAUUUGCGAGCCAGUGACUCAGACCACCACUUCGCGAUCCGAGGGCGGAGCUGAGGAACAGGUGCGGAUAGACAAGAAUGGUCCAUCCGUCACGCUACAUCCUUCGAUCGACUUGGCGCCAGUGGAUCCCCUCAAGGCGGCACAUUGGCUGUUGAAAGAUGUCAUCCAGUGGGCCACCCAAACAGAGCACCUGUCACGGAAUCUACUGGAAUGCCUGCGCACCGAGGCCAUCGACGGUGAGGUGCUGCUCUCCCUCACCGAAGACGAUAUCCGGGAAUUUAGAUAUAAACUUGGCUACAAACUGACCUUCGGGGAGCUUAAAAAGUUCUGGUUGGCGGUAUUGAAGCUUCAACUAUUAAUUAAAAACAGCGCCGUGGAUUCCGUGAUGCUGGGCAUCGAGAGUCAUGUGGGACAUUCUAUGAACUAUAUGCCAGUGGCCGGAUCCGUGGUCGGUCCACCGUCCUCCACCUGCCCGUGCCCCCAGCCGGACUGUCCCAGCUAUGUGUCCGACUGCGAUACGUACCUGAGGACGGGCGGGCGGUAUAUUGCGCCCGAAUACUUCAAAACCGCCAUGAGUUUAGGCUACUCUUUCGUGGUCACCUGGAUAACGUCGUUCGUCAUGGUAAUCGUACACGAACGCGUGCCGGACAUGAAGCGCUAUCCCCCUCUGCCGGACAUAUUCCUGGACAACGUCCCUCACAUACCCUGGGCCUUCAACAUGUGCGAAAUCACCGGCUCCCUGUUGUUCACCAUCUGGCUGGUUGUCCUCAUCUUCCACAAGUACCGAACGGUGCUCCUCCGUCGAUUCUUCGCUCUGGCCGGUACGGUUUUCCUCCUGCGAUGCGUCACCAUGCUGAUCACAUCGCUGAGUGUUCCCGGCACCCAUCUGCAGUGCAGCCAGAAGGACUUUGCCAUCGAUGAUCCCAACAUAGACCUGGUGGGGGCACUAAUCAUACGCAUGACGCGAGCCUAUCGCAUCUGGAGCGGUCUGGGCAUGUCGAUCCAGGGAGUGCGCACCUGUGGCGACUACAUGUUCAGUGGCCAUACGGUGGCCCUCACCCUGCUGAACUUUUUCAUUACAGAGUAUACCCCCCGCAACUUGUACUUCCUGCACACCCUCACCUGGCUGCUCAACAUGUUCGGCAUCUUCUUCAUUCUGGCCGCCCAUGAGCACUACUCCAUCGAUGUGUUUGUGGCGUUCUACAUAACCUCUCGCCUCUUUCUGUACUAUCAUACUUUGGCCAAUAAUCGGGCUCUGAUGCAGGGCGACUCUAAGCGGACGCGGGUCUGGUUUCCCAUGUUCAGCUACUUCGAGAGCAGCGUGGAUGGCAUGGUGCCCAAUGAAUUCGAUACGGUGGGUUCGCUGAUAACUGGGAUGCUGAACCAGCUGCUAAAGGUCAAGGAUCAGUUGAUAUUGCUCAGCAAGCGUGACUGGUCGGAGGAGCGACCGUCGGACUCACCAUCCAACAUGUUUGGCCUCGAUUCGGAUAUCCGUGCCGCGUUCUUCACGCCCAACCAGUCGACCAACCAGGUGACGACGGGACUGAGUCGCCACAACAGUCAAACGCAUCUGAAUUCGAAGCCUAACCAGAAUGCUGGACGUACCUUUCGGGACGUAAGCGUGGAUCCGUUCUCGAGGACCACUGUAGUGGCGGCUGGCCAGGAUUUGGCCAAGGAAAAGAAGCUACUCUGAUUCUGAUUC